UAAAACUCGGACCGGUUCGAGUGCGGACGCGUAUCGAAAACCCCGUCAUAAUGGCCGGCAAGGUUCUGCUGUGCCUCGUGUUAUUGUGCGUUGUAGUGGACUAUUCACAAUGCAAAGGAUUUGGAAGAUCACGUUCGUCUGGAUCCAGCAGGGGCUGGGGAUCGAGUUCUGCUAGUAAGCCCAGUUCUAGUUGGUUUAGUUCCGGAAGCAGUAAACCGUCUCAAAGUUCUUCUAGUUGGUUCAGUUCCGGAAGCAGUAAACCAUCUCAAAGCUCUUCUAGUUGGUUCAGUUCUGGAAGCAGUAAACCGUCUCAAAGCUCGUCUAGUUGGUUUGGUUCCGGAAGCAGUGCACCUAAAUACCCUUCAUCGAAUUCUGGACUGUCUGGUUAUGGCAGCAGUGCUCCUAAAUACCCUUCGUCACUUUCUGGACUGUCUGGUUUCGGCAGCAGUGCUCCUAAAUACCCUACGUCACUCUCUGGAUUGUCUGGGUUCGGCAGUAGUGCUCCUAAAUACCCUUCAUCAAACUCUGGACUGUCUGGAUUUGGCAGUAGUGCUCCUAAAUACCCUUCAUCAAACUCUGGACUGUCUGGUUUUGGCAGUAGUGCUCCUAAAUACCCUUCAUCAAACUCUGGACUGUCUGGAUUUGGCAGUAGUGCUCCUAAAUACCCUUCAUCAAACUCUGGACUGUCUGGUUUUGGCAGUAGUGCUCCUAAAUACCCUUCAUCAAACUCUGGACUGUCUGGUUCCGGUAGCAGUGCUCCUAAAUACCCUUCAUCGUCCUCUGAUCAUUUUGGAUUCGGAAGUAGUGGAUCGGGAAGCAAAUAUCCAUCAUCAACAGGCUUAUCAGGAUCAGGAAGCAAAUACCCACCUUCAACUGGCAUGUCAGGUUCUGGGAUUCAGAAACAGAAUUAUUAUCCUACUUCUUCCAAUACACAUCAUUCAAGCAAUACCUUUAAUACAAAUAAUGGAUAUGGAUCAGGACACAAUAAUUACGGUACGCAUAACUAUGGGCAUGGAAGUGUACCGCAUAGGCCAAGCCAAGGAUUUUUUAGCACACCAACAUAUUAUACUGCGCCACAGCAUGUCUAUAUAAACGAAUACCGGAAUUCGGGCAGCCGAUACGGAGACCUUUUGACUGGCUUAGCAUUAUAUAACAUGGGCCGCUCUCACAGCUAUCAUAAUCAUUAUUACUAUAAUGAUGAUUAUUACAGGCGGAGGUAUAACACGCCUGGAUCUACUUCGUAUGAUACACCGAAAGAUGAAGCUACCUGUAGUUUAAGGAUUAAAGAAGAUAAUAAAGUUGAAGUUCUUAAAAUACCAUGUGAGAUAGUAUCGACUUUUACCGAAGGCAGCAAAAAAGUGGCACCAGAAACAUUCUCUCAAACAGUAUGUGUAUCGAAUUAUACUGUGAUUAAUAAAACGCUUCCUGCUACAACAACAACUGUACCUGUAAAUAUAACUGUACCCAAUAAUGUUUCGAUCGCUACUUCAUCAGUGGAUUCGAAACUAGAAAACAGUUCCACUUUAGUGACAAAUCAGACGGAUUCCAAAGUCAACGCAACAUCUACGCUGUCCAAUGUUACAUCUUUAUUGAACACCACCACAUCCACUACUGAAAGUAACUUGUCAAAUAUUAGUUUCACUUUAUCAAAUGUUAACGUUUCUACUACUUUAUCUACUCCCUUAGGAAAUGAAACCACUAAUAUUACGACUUCGACUACUGUAAAACCUAUAAGUGUUACUACGAACUCGACAUCAUUUACAAUGACAACAACUAAUAUAACAGUAUUGAAUGCUACAAAUUGUACUGUGAGAACUGAUCCCUUAGCAAUAAAAGGGCCACCUGUGAAUGCUUCGAAAAUAGAGUGUGAAGUGGACAUUGUUACCAAAGAUUUACAUGUAUUGAGAAGUAAAGUCGAUUGCAGCACUUUGUUACAAUAUGCAAAAAUGCCAGAACCUAAAAAAGAAAAAAGUGUUAUUUUACCUUCAAGAAGUAAAUUAAAAUCUUGGCUUUCUAACCCACCUUGGUGGAUGUCAUUGUUUAUAGCGGUUUAAAAUACAAUAUAUGUAUAUAUAUGUUAUACCUAGCUAAUCUGUGCAUUUAUUAUGUCCUAAAAAGUUAGAUUUACUUUGUGUUAUUUAUAAGUGCUUUUUUAAUUUAAAAUAGAGAUUAGUAGUAGAUAAGCGAUAAGUGUGUAUUUGCCUUAAAUGUUAAAUUAAAUACCUACCUAGAAUA